AUGAUCGAUAUGGCAAACAUACGUCAUGAUCUAUUAUAUCAACCAUUAAUUGGCGAUGAAGGCUGUUCACGAAUCAAUCAUCAUCCACAUUGUUUUAAAUGUCCAUUGAAUUUAAAUGGUAAAAAUCAACACGAAUGGAUACAACAAGUUUCACGAAUGAAUUCAUCCGGUUAUCCAACAAAUGUGCCAAUCAUUGAUUGUACACCAUCAACAUUUCAAACAUUACAGAAUUAUUUUCCAUAUAUGUUAUAUCCAUUAUUGCAUUCACUUGACGAGGCCGAUAUUCGUAUUCAUGCCGUUUACAAUGAAUUAGGACCAACAACAUCGGAACAUCAACGUCUACAUCGAUAUGUUGAUCUUAAUAUUUUUUUACCAAAUGGAUUUUUUAUACAAUUUUCAACAGAAAAUGAUCGUACAUUGGCCGAAAUUAAACGUGAUCUUUGGUAUGAAUUUGAACCAAUGAUUGCUAAAAUUCGUGGCCAUAUUGAAAAAUCAAAUCAACGUAAUAGUCGAUCAAGACGAUCAUUAAUAUGGCUUACAGAUAAAAUAACUUCUAGUCAUAAUAAUAAUAAUAAUAAAGAUAAGGAUAAGGAUGAUCUAAAUGAAAAAACUACAACCAGCAAUAAUAACAAUAAUAAUCAAAGUCAAAUCAAAUUGAAACAAUUUUCCUGUAUUCUACCUGAUAUAAAAGAUGAAACCAGUGAACAAAAUGAUAAUAAUAAUCAACAGAAGCAGCAGCAGCUACAACAACAACAACAACAAUCAAAACGAAUCAAUUUAUUAUUAUCAAAUGAUAAUUAUGAUGAUGGUAGUACGAUUAAUCAAUCAUUAUUGGUUGAUGAUGGGAAAAUUCGUUUGAAAUUCUUAUCAUUUGUCAAUGCUGAUCAAUGUGAUUAUUCAUUUCAAUCAUUGACCAAUCCAUGGGAAGAAAUUUAUGAUGAUAAUAGUCAUUUAUAUGAAUUGAAUGAACAAGUUCCAUAUUAUCUGCGAUUAGUUGAGCUUACUAGUGAUAAAAAUGAAAAAAUUCUUAAUUCAAGAAUAAGACAAGUUAUUAAAUGUUCAGUAAACAAACUUGAAGUAUAUCGUACAGAUGAAUUUUGUGAUUUUCGUUAUGGAAUGUAUCAAUGUAUGGUUGAUGCUGUAAGGCAAAGGGAAAAAUUUUCAAUUGAAAAACGUAUCAAUUAUGAAUUUGAAUCUGAACUUGAUGAAAUCGAUACACUUAAUUUAAGUGUACAGACAAUGGUGAAAAAAUUUCGUCUAGAUGAAAUGAUUGAUUUGACAAACAACAAUCCUGAUGCAAUGGAUUCAUGGACCAUAUCUUUGGCCAAUUAUUUUAAUCAUCCGUUUCCAUUUAUGCCAAAAAAUAGACGACGAAAUUUUAGUUCGGCUUUGAAUCCUAAUUCGAUGAAUACAAAAACACCUGGAGCUUAUUCACCAUAUCAUCGUCGUUCUACUGGUCAAUCAAACAAAAUCAUUCAAGAGAUAUUACCAUCAUCAAAUACCAAAGAUAUCAAAGAAGAUGAAGGACCAGUGUAUGCAGAAGUCUGUGUGGUACCAUCAUCAUCAUCAUCAACAAAAACAACAACAACAACCGGUGAAAAUCAAUUCAAUGAUAUAUCUUCAUUAGCCAUAAAAUCAACUCCAUUAAUAAAAUCAUUCCAAAUUAGUCAUAUGAAUCCGAUGAUAAAACCAUCGAAUAAAGUGAGUAAACAUAAAAGACAUCUAAAACCAAUUAAACAUCGGCCAUCAUUAACACCAGUUUUUGAAGAAGAUGAAGCACCUAAUAUUAAUGUUGGUAAAAAUAAACAUUCAGAACAAUUGGAUGAAAAUGAAGACAAAGUUGAUUAUAUAACAAUCAAUGUUGCUAAUAAAAUGAUUAAUUUUCGUAAACCGUAUCCAAGAAAAUUUGAUGCAAAAAUAUGGAUUUCAAUUAAUUUAAUUAAACGAUCAACAACAACAACAACAACAGCAACAAUAAAUGAUGAUAAAAAUAAAUCCGGUGAUUUACAUAUAAAAUCGAACAAAUUAAAUGAUAAUCGAAAAGAAAAUGAUAAUAUCAAUGAUACACUUGAUACAUUGAUCAAUGAAUUGGCCAAAAUUCCCACUAGUAAUGAUAAUAAUGAUGAA